UAGUUUUUUUUUGUUAUAAGUUUCACAAUGCCUUUUGGUAAAUCUGGUUCAAUAUUUUUCACCAUCACCGUAUUCGCUAUAUUGUUAAGCAUGAUUUUUAUCUUUCGUUUAUCUGGUAUAUCGCAUGAGGCAAAGAAAUUCAAAGCCAUUUGGGUUAUGUUCUUUUUGGUAGUGCUCUUUCAGUUUCUUAUCGGUGAUCCGAUACGAUUUGCCAUUCAGGCCAUCGAUGGGGCCACAUGGCCGCCACAACAACGUAAAUUUACCCCCGAUCCGGAUGCAAGUCAACACAAUCGUAUGGAUUAUUUAAAAUUAAGAUUACGUAGCCUGCGUAGUCAACUUGUGAUCACCGAGGGACAUCGGAAUGAGAAAUUAAAUUUGAAAUAUAAACAUAUUGCCGGUGAAAUGUUGGUAUAUGCCAGUUAUUUUGUUCUCUUAUUGUGCAUGAUCCUGGUGACACGUGAUGAAUAUUUGUAUUACAAUACAUUGGAUAUUAAGACAUUAUUUCUGGUCAAUCAAACGGUAUCCAUGGGCAUGGAUAAAUUAUUACAUUUGUGGCAUGUGUAUUCAUUCAUUGAGCUGUCAUUGAUUAGGCCAUUUAAUCCGAAUUUCACGGAAACCGGUUUCACUGGCUGGGAGCAUGCUGACCAGGUUCGGAUGCUGGGUGUAGUUCGUUUACGUCAAUUGAGAGUUGCGACGCGUAAUUAUGGCCUUAAUGAGCCCGAAUUCACGGAUAUAUUAUAUACGACCGAUUGGAAGUUACCAUACGAACGUUUACAUUAUACGGAUAAAUAUUGGCGUAUCUAUGAGCCAUGGCUGCCAAUGUCAUCGCACAAUGGACUUGUUAGCUAUUUGCUAUUAAAUUUCGUACAUGAAGGCGGCUUUCUAAGCUAUCCCGAACUGAAAGGUUAUGUUGCCCUAUUGGCACGCAGUAGAGAGAAUAGCAUGAAGGUUAUCCAUUAUCUGCAUAAUCAUAAUUGGCUUAAUUAUAAUACAUCGGCAAUAUUUAUGGAUUUUACAUUAUACAAUGCCGAUGCGAAUAUGUUUUCCGUUUGCACACUGUGGGCAGAGCGUACACCAUUUGGCUUAAUGAUACCACACGCCGAUAUCGAGAGUGUUAAAAUGAUGGAAAAUUUAUCCCAACUUCCAGUAUCAGCUCUAGUUGUUGUAUUUCUAUAUUUUGUUGUUGUCAUACAGUUGGCAAAAAAUCUGUUCCUUCGUCUGUGGUAUGAGCCCAAGCAGAUACAACAAGUGUGGAUUAAAAUCGAUCUAUUGAUAUUCAUUAUGAACUUUUUAGUAAUUAUAGUUAUAUUUUUACGUGAAACUCUGGUCAAUUCGAUGCUCAAGAAAGUCGAAGGUGCCAGUAAAUUGGAUUUUAUUGAUUUUCGACAACCGACAAGAUUAAAUUCAUUAUGCAAUAUAAUGAUUGGUCUACUCAUCUGUACGGCCACAAUACGUUUGUGGAAAGUAUUGCAGUUUGCUAGCAUAUUUCAAUUAUUUACGGAUACAUUAUAUCUGGCAUGGCAUUCCAUGUUCCAUACGGCAUGUGUUAUAGCCAUCUUGGUGAUGGCCUUUGGCAUCGCUGUUGUUGUUAUCAAUGGCAGCUAUUGCAGUGGCUUCAAUCGUCUGAUCAAAAGUAUUGUCGCCUGUAUGUGCUUUUCCUUUGGAUUCAGCUCUCAAGUCAAUCCCAAUGAUCUUUUCUAUGGCGGCACUGUGGUUGGCAUUUUUCUAUAUGCCAUUUUGUCAUUCGUCAUUGCGGUGCUGUUAAUCAAUGUUUUUGUUUCAAUGUUAAGUGAUUAUUUCACAACAGCAAAAUUGAAACGUGAUCGAAGACUUGUAUAUCGUAUAAAUUUUUUAGAAUUCCUUAAAGUUGAAUGCGCCGAUAUUAUCAAUUAUAUAGCCAGUUUUUUUUGUCUUAAGCGUUCGUAUAAGCGUGGAAAUCGUACAGUCGCUCAGAAUAUUAAAAGGAAAUUGGAUUCAAUUGAUAAGAAGAAUAUAAAGCAGCGGCACGAAGCCUUAACAAAUGUUAGGGGCCAUAUUGAUCAACAUCAAAACAUCGAUGAUGCUAGACUGCAUUUGAAAUAUCGAAGACGUAUUGAAAGACUUUUUACAUUGGCAGCCAUUAUGCAAACACAAAUGGAAAUAUUUGAACGUUAUUUCUUCUAUGACAAAGAUGGCAAUCUUCUCUAUAGAGAGGAAACUAGACAUUCAAGGAGUUUUCAAAAUCUACCCAGAGAAUAUAGAUGAGAAGCAGAAGGCAAAGAAAUUUUAGAAUAAACCACAGAACAUUUUCUAGAUCUAACCAUAGAGUAUAUGUAGAUGAAAAGAAGGCAAAGAAAACUUUAAAAUAAAGCAUUUACUAUAUUUUAAAUCUUGUAGUCCAUAAUUUAAAGGAUGAUUCGCCUCUUUAAGGGCAGAGAACA